UGUGCAGUGAUUUUUUUUUUGCCAAGUAUCUCCAAAUUUGCAAAAGUAAAAAAAAAAAAAAAUUCCAUUUUACUUUGAAUGUAAGAGUACAACAUAACCAAUGAAAUUAAAAGAAAAUUACAGUAUUAACACAAAUAAUGAAUGUGUAAAAUAAUAACUUAUGUAUUGUUUAUACUUUUUGACGCUUCUCCGCCACAGUCCAACUUCGCAAGGAAUGCGGAAGCACUUUUUGUCGUUACAGAAAUCAGAGCGAUUUUUUUUUCAUUAUAAGCGCUCAUGGUACUUCCUAUUUUAAUUUUUAAGUCAUUAAAACAAUGAUUUGUUUCAAAACUCACAUUCCGGUUGUCUUGUAUGACCUCUUUUGUACCAAUUAGUUUGCUGAGUUUGACACUUAUUGCGCUGCUGUUUGUGUAAGCUGUCGACUGCGUGGGCCGCCAUCUUAUUUGUUUACCCAUGACGUGUCCUUAAACGACCUAUCAGCCGCGAGUUUCAGGGAAAGCCAACAACCAAUCACGUUCGUACCCACUCCCCUUAGACGUGAAUUACGAUGCAUUAAAACUGGCACAGAUUUGUCAUAAAACGCUCAACUGAAUGUGUCAGUGUUGUUCUUAAUGGAGCAAUUCGUGAUUUGGGUGGGCAUCGGCGGGUCUAUUGUGACGUCUUAACCGAAAUCCGAUCACCCUGUGCCGGCUUCACUGAGCAGCUGAGCACCGCUAAGCUCCCAUUAACUGCCAGCAAUGGCCCCCACGGGCAAAAGCGUCCUGCUGUUCUUCGCUCUUUUGCUGGUCCACACGGUCCAAGGUUCGGAGGCAAGGGCGGACGAGUGCGCCGACGUGAGCAAUACCACCUGGCAGCAGUACCGCCAGCAGAGGCAGCAGCAAGCGCAACCGCGGGUUCGCUACCUACUGAUGACCCGAGAGCAUCUGGGCUGCGCGCGCCCCUUUCGCCAGGUUCCGGGAAGCUCCUUCAACGCCACGCGGCCCACCAAGGUCAUCGUUCAUGGAUACAGGGCCCUGGGCAGCAAGCCUACGUGGGUUUUAGAUCUGGCCGAGGCGCUGCUGGCGGUGGAGGACGUCAACGUGCUGAUGGUGGACUGGGUGCACUGCGCCUCGUUUGCGUACAACCUGGUGGUGGACAACUACAAGGAGGUGGCCCUGCAGAUUUCCGUCCUCGUCAACCGGCUGCAGAAAGAAGGAUGCAAGCUGGAGACGUUCCACUUCAUCGGCAUCAGUUUGGGGGCGCACGUGGCCGGAUUUGUGGGAACGCUCUUUGAGGGAAAGAUCGGGAGAAUCACGGGUUUGGACCCGGCCGGUCCCAUGUUUAAGGGCGCAGAUACCUUCGACCGUCUGGACCCGUCCGACGCGCAGUUUGUGGACGCCAUCCACACCGACUCAGACUACUUCGGCAUCUCCAUCCCGGUCGGCCACGUGGACUUCUUCCUGAAUGGCGGAAACGACCAGACGGGAUGCUCGCGAUCACGGUUUGCCUCUGUUUUGGGCUUCAUUCCAGUGUACGGCUAUGUGAUUUGCGACCACAUGAGGGCGCUGCAAGUGUACAUGAGCGCUCUAAAUGCGUCGUGCUGGCUGAGCGGCGUUCCGUGUGACACCUACCAAAACUUCCUCCAGGGACGAUGCCUCCACUGCGACGUCUUCCGGGGAACGUGUCCCACCAUCGGUAAUGUGUGUGUGUGUUUUAGUCAAACAGACACAACAGUGUACAGGACGAUACUGGCUCACCCGGUGGCGCUGUGUGAGAUUCACUCCAUCACGCUGAAAAACACGGGCGCUCGCUUCUACCGGCAGAAUGACAUCCACCUCAAGUCCAUCUGCCUGUCCCAAAUCGCCUCGCGCACGCGCGAGGAGCCACUGUGCGUGAACAACAUCAACGUUAGGCGAGGGUCGCCGUGGUCACAUGACUUUGUGCAGGUGUGCAGCCACUUCUGACACCCCCUUCAGAGACAAAACGGGGAAAAAUCCAAGUGGCAAGAAAAUGCAGCGUCACAGCAAAAUGGAGACUGUGGAGUAGGCAAACAAUAGCAUGGAUAUCUUAUUUUCUUGUGGUUUCGAGCCACGAAUCCUCAAAUGAAUGCACAAUGAAACGUCGAUUUUUAUCCAAGAGGGGACUGAGGGCAGUAAGAAACCAUGGCACUGCAGCCAAGUGGAGACAGUGCAGAGGUCCAUGUCAGCAUGUGUGUUUAUUGUUGUCAUUUUACACACGAUUUACAUUGAAAUAGGCUAAAAAAAAAUAGCAACUAAGCAUAGCCUGUACAUGAAGCAUUCCAGGAAGUAGACAGUCCCAAAACAACAUUUUCAUUGCACAUUGCACAAAAGCUUUAUGGAGAAAUGUUGGCCCCCUGUAAUUGGACAAUUUCACAUUAUAUUGGUGCAUGUUCAAUAUUAAGAGGAAAAAAAACGUGCCCACGGCUAACUACGUUAACACAUUGUUUUUAUUUACAGAGGAAGCUCUCAAUUUCUUUUGUGUUUUUGAACAAAAUGAUAUUAAAUGAGCACAAGUGAUGUGUGAAUCGAAACAAACA